UUCUCUCUCUGUCUGUGAUCAGCAUUACAGCACGCUGCGCGUGUUUUCCGUGCUCCGCUAUAUUUUACGUUUUAAUAUAUUCAUUUUUUUUAUGUUUAAAUAAAAUACAGUUUUCGAAAGCGAGAAUUGAAUCGAGAAGACAGUGUUGUGCCAUUUAUUAUGUAAACAAACACCGAAACUAGUGUGAUGGAAUGGGCAAAGGUUUUGCAAGAUGUAUGAGUAACCAAUGACCGCAGGGCAUCCCUGCACCACGGCGCGCCGCGCGGGGCUCGCGGGUGCGGGCCGGGGCGGCUCUUGCAACAAUGGCUACUCGGUCAACACUAUCUGCUGACUUUUGACAAGUAUUCUUGGUGAACUACAAUGAAGCUAAAAGCUACGGGAUAGCUGAAAGAUAACAAACUAAUUUUAAGCAGCAGGUAUAAGAUCGCGGGUACGAUGCCGCUCACACAAGAGAAACGUUUGGACGGUAACUUCUCUAACAACAAUGACCACAGCUAUCUUCAUAAAAAGUUCAAAAAAAUGGCAUCUACCAUAUCUGUCUUUCCGCCAAACCAACCUAAGGUUAGCGAAACCAGACUAAAAGCAAAUAUCGUAAACUCUGCUUGCAACAGUUCGAUAUCAAAUGGCAGCAUUGCAGCAGCUCACCCAGAAAUAGAGAAGAUAAAAUUUUUUGAUGCGGAUACCAGAGAUGUGGAGAAUAAUGUACAAACUAAUUAUAACGAAAGUAAUAGAUUAAGCAAUGUAAAUAAUGUUCAAGUAUCUGGUCAGACCAGUUUCACUGAUGAAUUUUCCAAUAAGACUGAGAACCUUGAAAAUGAUUUUAUCAGGGAUGCUUAUAAUGGAGCAUCAGGAGGGCGUUAUAUUUGCCCUUAUUGUAAAUUAUCUUGUGCCAAGCCUUCAGUUCUUCAAAAACAUAUCAGAGCUCACACGAACGAGAGACCUUAUCCAUGUGUAACGUGUGGAUUUGCUUUUAAAACUAAAUCUAACUUAUACAAACAUCGACGAUCAAGAACACAUGCAUUACGAUUGCAAGGUGCAGACGUACCAGUCGCUAUCAACGACGAAGACUUAUCAGGCGAAUCUGAAAGCGACACAUCCAUACCACCAACAACAAAUUCAGAUAUGGGUUCUGAGCCUUCGGUGAUUCGCUUUGAAAUGCCCCGGCCUAAUGAGUUUUCUUCACCAGAAUUGACAAACGACAGUACCAUAUCAAUAAGUUCGUCAUCGAACGAUAAUAAAAUGAAAACAAUUUAUAAACCAAAAUUUAGAGCAGCACUUUAUCAGGACACGGAUGAUAAAGAUAAGCUAAAAAAGAGUAUUUCGCAGAAUGCUGAGUUUCUUACCGAACAUAUCUCUAAAAUUAUAUCAGAUAAUGAAGCUAUUGUUGACGUCAUAGAUACUCCUUUACAAAAGAAGUAUGGCAAGAUAAAACAAAUCGCCGAGAGUAAACAAUUUUUGGAUAAUACCACUGAUUUAAAACGUGAACAAUCACCACUUAAUUUGACAAAAAGUAGCAGUGAAGUUGAUAAUUCCUUUAGAAAAAGGUCUCAUUCAGAAAGUUUUUCACAGCUGGAUCAUCAUAAGCACCCACUUAAUCCGGAGGGUUCUAUUAUAAAGGACUUGCUUUUGAAAACUAAAGCCAAUGGCAUGAUUCCAGUACCAGGUGAAUUUGUGGAUGGUUUAGGACCCCUAUUUAUAUGUCCGCUAUGUCAGAUUAUUUACAGAAGUGCGGAAAAUUUGGAAGUACACAGACUGUAUUAUUGUAAAGGAUCAAUCGCUAACAAUUCAACCACAUUCUCCGCACCAAAAGAUAUUAAGGCUACUAGGCCUGAAAACGUAUUUGUGAGGAGUAAUUCCGUUAAUGUUAGGUUACCUGAAACAACAUCUAAUACAUUUCCCAAAAAUACGAAAUCGCCACCGCUGAGGAACAAACCUGAUAAUCUUGUGAUCAUGAAGCAUGAAUCGAAUGAAGUCGUCGCUCCUCUGCCUUCUCCAGGACCACUACUUGGAAACACGAGACUAGUUGAUCCUAGAUCAAUCACAGAAUUACAGAGCAGAAAAUCAGACAAUAUGAAAAUAGCUAAGCCAAUAGCUAGUCCAAAAAGGAGGUUAGAUAGCAGAUCCGACACUUAUAGUCCAAGGUCUAUUGAAAACAUUUCGCCACGUUCUAUCGAUUUGUACCCACCACCCAAAAUAAGAUGUAUUGAUGCGAGUUCUGCAACACUGCGAGCAUUAGAUGAAAUGUCGCCACAUAUGAGACAUAAUUCUACUUCUUUACAAAUGUUUGGAGGUGAAGUAAAAAUUGUUGAUCAUUUGGGCAGUACCACUACAUUGCGGAUUGAACCAAGUAAAAAUCAACUUUCGCCUAUCUUAAUCCAGCAGAAUCUUUCUCCUUCUAAGCUCGUAAAUGAUACAGAAGCUAGCAGCGUUGUCGUAAGAUCAGGUCUUCAUUCGGGUGGAACCAUGGUACAUAACCCUCCAACACCAAAAGAAAUAAUUGGAACCACUCAACCUAAAACUCCACGAGUAACACUCCAAAUGUCGAGUGCACCUGUUGUUUCUACUAUGCCGAACAUUCACGAUAUCACGCAUUUUCAAUUUCCUCCACUGAGUGCGAUUACGGCUUUUAAUCCAUUGACUUUGCCGCCGCUGAGUCCAUCGUCAUCUCCGAGCGGAGCUUCAACUAUUCUACAUGGAGGAAAACUUAUUCCUCACGUUCCUGGUAUACCCGGACCCAAUACACCAGGUGUUUACAUAGGGAGUCCUAAAUUACAGUCAAAGAGCACAAUAAAUAAUGAUAAACCCUUACAAUCACCAUCAGAAGGCGCCCAUACUUCGAUGAUGCCAACAAGUCUUGAGAAGACGACUGUCAUACCUAAAUACGAAAAUAUACGAGGCUCGAGGAGUCCUGUUCGACCAAUACAUGUAGAAUCUGAAAAACAAAGUCAAAACCACGAGUCCUACAACGCAGAGCUGUCUCCAUAUGCGUCUAAUGUUCCGUUAAUAAAGAUAAAAAAUGUUGAUGAACCUAACAUUCUUCCAAAAAUAUUUUCAGCUAAUGUAGUUAAACCGGUAAUAGGCAGACAAGACCUGACUCUCAAAAGAAACAGUGAUGGGUUGUCUAAAACGCCGAUGCUAAAAGAGAAUAUUAAUUACCCUUCCAUUAAGAAAAGUAAGGAGAAAUUACAUUUUAAUAUCUCGUCCAAGAAUGAAAUGAAAUCAGAUAACGAAAUACGGAACUUUAAUUUUGAAAACCUCAUAACUAAAGCUGAAAUAUACAAUAAUCAAAUUCCAAGUUCGUCUGAAGUUCAGAAAAAUUCUAACCCUCAAGAAAUAUCUACAGUUUCAACAUCGAACGAAAGGUCAGAAACGGCUUACUUUCAAAAAAGUACUACCAAAACUGGUUCAGAAGAAAGGAAGCCCAAAUUUUUAAGACCGUCUACUUUGCCUUUGAAACCUGGCACAUUUACACCAAAAAGGCACCACGGAAUCACACCAAAUGCUAAUACAAUGCCUUUAGUAUCUCCUGAAACUCCUCGCCCGGCAAAGGCCUACGGUCAACUUUAUUUAAAUGGAAAUGCUUAUACAUAUUUAGGUCUAAAGUGCUCGACCAAAGUAUUUUAUUGUACAAUAAAUCGGCCUCAACCGACUUAUGUUCCCAAUCAGCAUUUCCUCUCUAUGUACAGCAACUGGCAGUUAUUAUCGGAGCUGACGCCAGACCCGUUGGGACUGUCAGCAUCGUCUGCUAUGUCUCUUUAUGACUCACGUCAUCGACCGCAGAGCGUGGCCGUCGCUGUGAUUAAACAGGAUCUCAUAUUAACUCAUUCAUCACAGUGGAAUAAGAAUUCCAAACACAACAAACAGACGGCAUCAUCCACAGACUGUAAAAAAUCGGAUGAAAGGUUGCAACCUAACGACAACGUUCCAAAAAAAGAGUUAGCAGGUGGUUUUGAAAGCAAUGAAGAAUACACUUACGUGCGUGGACGCGGUCGCGGACGGUACGUCUGUUCUGAAUGCGGAAUUCGUUGCAAAAAACCGUCUAUGCUGAAAAAACACAUUCGGACACACACCGACGUGCGCCCUUACACUUGCAUCCAUUGUGCUUUCAGCUUUAAGACAAAAGGAAAUCUUACUAAACAUAUGAAGAGUAAAGCUCAUUAUAAAAAGUGUUGCGAAUUAGGUAUAAACCCUAGCGAAGGCAACGACAUUGACGGGGGAGAAAUGGCGCAAUCUGGCGAAACUGACGACGAGACAGAAUCGGAUGGCGACGAAGGCAACGAGGGCGAAACAGAAUCGAGUGAUACGGAGAUAUAUAAAUCGAGGCUUCCGGAACAUGAAGCAGCACAUUGCUUGCUGUCGUUGGGCGGAUCUCGGCCGGCUACCUCGGCUACACCGGGUCUCAUCACUAGUGCAAGGCCAUCUACUUAUCCCUACACUCCAACGGGAUUAGAAAUUGCAACACUAGAUCUCAGUCCAAACAGACAAAUUGUUAGGAGCGCCUCUGUGGAUUCGGGAGACGCAGAUAAUGAACCGAUGGAUCUCAGUAAGAAUGAUGUGAAACCUACAAACAACACUACCGAAAUACCGACGGCUAGAGAAUCGAGUGUGCUUGCCUCUUUAGCGUCAAAUACUGCCAAACUUCCUCAGCAUCAAUCCCAAUGGAUAAAUGGAGAACCUAUGUUACAUACCUACUUAACAGAGAGAGCACUUUUAGAUUCCAAAAUAAAGCAAAGCCAACUUGCAUCUAACCUUAGCAAAAUGAGAAAAGUCGAUUUAGAAAAAUCUACUUUGUUUGCGGGAAAAGAAGCAAGCGGAGAAAGCUGUAAUUUAACCUCCGCGUCUACUAGAACUGUAACUAGUAUUACAACUGUCUCUUCACGUUUAAUGACCAAUACCACAACAGUAAAUGACAAUGAUAAUGUUAUGAAAACUUCACCUGUGCCUAAAGACGAGGUGGUAGCCACGCAAAAAGAUAUUCCUGUACCGACUGUAGGUGUAGAAUCUAAAAAGAUACGAAUACCAAAUACAACGAAUGCUGAGAACGCAAAGCACGUUGUUUCAGAGUAUUUAAAACAUGCAAGGAUAAAUCUUAUAAAAUCGCAAGAAGAAAACCCUCCAUUAACCCACGAUACACAAACUGAUGACAGUAUGAGUUCUAAAAUAAGCAUAGAGGAAAAAACUAAGGAAGAAACAAAUAUUUCAGAGCCUGACUCGGCACAAUUGCCUGCACUUGAACACGAUCCUGUUGCGAGAAAAGUAGUGAUUGGAGUCGGUGGAGUUGCUUUCAAAGUGACUAAAGGAAAGGAAUAUGAUAGUGGUUCCUACCCACCCGGAAGACUCAUGGAAGAUGGACGCAGAGUGUGCGAUUUUUGUAAUAAAACUUUUACUAAACCUUCGCAACUGAGACUGCACUUAAAUAUACAUUACAUGGAAAGACCAUUUAGAUGUAGCGUUUGCGCUGUGAGUUUUCGAACAAGAGGACACCUUCAAAAACAUGAACGUUCAGGCUCGCAUCACAAUAAGGUUUCUAUGACUUCAACAUUCGGAGCAGCCACUUCUUUCAACCCCCGACCUUUUCGAUGCUCAGAUUGUAACAUUGCCUUCCGAAUUCAUGGACACCUCGCCAAACAUCUAAGAAGCAAGAUGCAUGUAAUGCGACUUGAGUGUUUAUUUAAGUUGCCGUUUGGAACGUUUACAGAAAUAGAGCGGGCGGGCGUAAGUUUAACGGACAUUGAUACAACAGAUUGUGCAAGUUCGCUAGCCAGUCUGCAGUCCCUCGCCCGCAAAUUGCACGAGAAAGAUCCAACGAAACUGGAGUACAGAGAACCUACCGGGACGUCGGCUCCGCCUGCGGGCAGGGUGUCCUCCGACGACGAAGACGCCGCCAUGUCUUCCGAUAGGACGUGUGACAGUGAAAGAGAUAGUGAGAUGAAGAAUAUUGAUAGUAGUGAAAGUCAAAAUAAAGAAACACAAGUUAAUUAUAGUGCCACAGAUAAUUAGUGCCAAAAUUAUACUAAGUAGGGUAAUUUAAUGUGCAAUUUUGUUUCUGUUGUUAUUUAAGGUGUAAUUAUUCAUACUGGGGUUUGACUCAGAAGUGUGUGAAAACAAAAUGAUGCGCUUUAAUUAUAUUAUAUAUUUGUAUAUUUUAUUUCAAUGUAAUUGUAAAAGUCUUGUAAAUAUUUCAAUUAAAAUAAUUUUAAUGUUGUUAAAUUUGCUUCCGUUGUAAGGCUUACGUAUUUGUUAUAAUUAGUGACUAUAAGAUGCAUAGGAGUUACGCAGUGGAAUAUACUUCCGUGAAGUCGAGGAAGUUAAGAAAUCUUCUGUUCCAAAUUGUUCAUCUGUAAAACUUACAGUAAAAUUAUGUGGUCCACAUUUUAGGUAAAGUACGUUUGAAAUAUCAAUGAAACAUAUUACAAAUUCUUUAAAAUAUUAUCAAGAAUAUCUUGAUAUUGUACCGUAAUUACCCUUUUGUAUGUAUUUUUAUAAAAUAUAUACUAUGAUGUAUUUACAAUGAAUAACUUCUACUUCCAAAAUCCUUUAUAUUGACAACAAUUGGCAUAUCAACUUCCAUAAACGAAAUUUAGAGUAAUUAUAAAAAUCCUUGAAGAGUCUUCCAUAUCAAAAAUAGAACUUGUGCUAGAAUAUUUGUUUACUACUUACUCUUCAUUUGGGUGAAUAUUUGAUAAGAUUUUAACAAUAUUCAUUUUUUACAAUAUUGUAGAUAGUGAUAAAUAUCCAUAAAAUCAUAUCUUGAAAUGUAUAACGAGUUGUAAAUUGUUUCAGUUCAUAUUUGUAGCAAAUAUACACCAUGGCCUAUUAUUAUGGCUUCAAUAAACUUUAUAUAUUAUGUGUUUUCUGUAUUAUAAUAUGUGUAUGGCAUUGUCGACGACUGGUAAUAGACGCAACAUAGACAGGCUAUACACAAGGGCAGCUUUAAGCAGAGACUGCAAGAGUCAAGUCAAUGGAUUAUGUUCUAUGAAGGUUGUAAUUUGUCACUCAGUGGCUUUUGCAUCUGCUUAAAACUGCACAUCUUUUGCCACUUGUAUUAUGUUUAUAAUUAAAUGGUAAUGAGACAACUUUAAUAGUUGCGAAAUACAUGCUAUUUUUUUUUCGUAUUUUUGGUUUGUCUUAGUUAUGCAUAAAAUGUGUACAUUAUUAAUAAGAUAGGUAUAAAAUAAAAAGUACUUGUCAAAUAUUUGCCCACAUAUUGUUUAUUAUACUAUAUGGAUGGAUAUUUUAUAAUGGUAAGAUUAAUAAACUAAAUGUAAAUUAAA